AGCUGAUUACAUGUGCCUCACCAGCCGAGCCUCUAGUGGCUGCAUUGAUCCACCAUACCAACGGUUUGUUUGCAGCUGCUUUUGAAGAUCACACAACAGCAAAUGCUCACGCAGAGGACUGCACGCAUUCCGGUUGAAACAAAAGUCCUCAUGACCCUGUGGCUGCUCGGAAACCAAGAAUCUUUCCGCGGGGUGGCAGACAGGUUUGGCGUAAACAAAGGCGUACUAUUUUAUGUUGCGAACCAGAUGAUUGAGACAUGGGCAAAUUUAGCAGUCGACUUUAUCCGAUGGCCUACGCAGCUUCAGCGUGUAUCUCGUGCUUUUACUCGAAAGUGGCGUUUUCCCGGUGUGGUUGGAGCAGUAGAUGGCUGUCAUAUUGCAAUCAAAGCCCUCGAAGAAGAGCAAGACGCAUACUACAACAGAAAGGAAUUUCACUCCAUCAUUCUACAGGGGUGUUGUAACAGUGAGAUGGUGUUUACUCACGUGCAUGUAGGCUCACCAGGAAGGAUGCAUGAUGCCAGGGUGUUCAGCAUCUCUGGCCUUGACGAGAUCAUUGACAACCUGCCACUAAGCCUACACGUCUUGGGCGAUUCGGCAUACUCUCUUCGUCUUGGGCUUAUGCGACCCUACAGGAACAAUGGUCACUUGUCUGAAGAGCAAGUUACCUUUAAUGAGACUCUGAGUGCGGCAAGGUCCGUGAUUGAGCGAGCCUUCGCUCAGUUGAAAGGAAAAUUCAGAAGGCUAAAAUAUCUCGACAUGGAAGCCACAGAGAUGAUGAGCAAGUAUGUCUUGGCAUCCUGCGUUCUCCACAACAUUAUCCUGCAGUCUAAGGAGCCGUUUGUCGUCGACAAUGUAGAAAUUGAGAGAGACGACGAUGAGCCCUCUGGUGAUGAUGACCAGACGCACACUGCAGACAGCAGGGCAUUGGAAAAGCAGACUGCAAUAGCGAACUUUCUGUACAUGCAGUAGCUUCGUGAAGGGCUUGAUGCUAUCGGUGUUCCGGUGAGAGACUCACUUUCAGAAAUAAUUUUUAUUCAAUGAAUACUUUGAAGCAACAAUGUUUUAUGCGAGGAAAAUAAAAUCAUUUGUAACACAAUACUUUCGUUGUGUCAAUGAAUGGUUAGCAAACAAUGUGA